AUGAAGUACCCAAAUCGCCAGUGGCCUGGUGUAUUAAGAGGUGGAAGAUUUAAUGAAUUAUCACUUGGAAUUCCCUAAAAAGCCCAGGAAAAAAAUUACAAUAAGCCAGCUUUUAAAAAUAAACAAGGUUAUAUGCUAUUUAACUGUAGCCUCCACGGAGAUAGACGGUAUUUCAUAGAAUCCUCAUCUCUUCCUUCACCAUCCAGUUUUGUGCACAUUGAAUCAAAAAGAGGAGAACUGUACUUAAAACGAGCAUUCCCUUGCCAUGAUGGUUCUGUUCGAAAUAACACUGUAAAUAGUCCUUUCCAAUUUUUUGUUGGCUCGAUUGUAAAUCGUUCUCGUUUACCUGUGGUACAAUACGUCAGCAUUCCUCAUGUAUCUUUUCAGAAUGUCCGAGAAUUUUUAACUCACGGUAGGCUACGUAGGGCUACAUUAAAUCAACCUCCAGUGUUUAAAAAACCUUUAUAUAAAGCUUUUGUCCCAGAGGAAGUAGAAAGUGGUUAUCCAGUCAUAAAUAUUACUGCUUCCGAUCCUGAUGGAGACGCAAUAUCUUAUGCAUUGCAUGCUGCUGUGGAUUCACGCAGUCAAAGGCUUUUUGAAAUUGAUGAAAAUAGUGGGGAGGUGAGAACCACAACGCAUUUGGAUCGUGAAUUUAUGAAUGUUCAUUUUCUUAGAAUAACAGCAGUUGAUAACAGGUUGCCCCAUUCCACUGGGACUACUACUCUUCAGGUGAUUGUGACCGAUCGUAAUGACCAUACUCCAGUGUUUGAACAAGCAACAUACGUAACUUCGGUGCGAGAAACGAGUCCAGUUGGUUCAAUUGUUGCUACUGUCAGAGCUACUGACCAAGAUGUAGGGGAAAAUGCUGAAUUAGAAUACAGUAUUUUAAAUCCGUUAGGUGAUAACGAUGUAUUUCACAUUGAUCCAUAUUCAGGAAUUAUUACAAUAGGAAAACAACUUGACAGAGAAAUGACAGCAUUUUACUCUCUCUUAGUUCAAGCAACGGAUUUUGGUAAAGAUCCUGAAAGAAGGUCUGCUCUCGCAACUGUUGAGAUAGCUGUCCUAGAUGAUAAUGAUAAUUAUCCACAAUUUACUGAAACAACCUAUUUUAUUGAUGUACCUGAAGAUAUUGACUUUACAUCUCGACCAGUCGUUGCUGUUGUCAGAGCUGAAGACAGAGAUCUGGGUGUUAAUUCUGCUGUCCGCUACUCAAUAAUAGGUGGCAAUACUCAAGGCCAUUUCAAUAUUGAUUCACAAAGUGGUGAAAUUUCUGUCAUUUCUCCCUUGGAUUAUGAGGUUGUACGAAGCUAUAGGCUGAUAAUUAGAGCGCAAGAUGCCGGUCAGCCAUCACGUUCAAACACGACUAACGUCAUUAUCAGAGUGCUUGACGCAAAUGACAACAACCCAAAAUUUUAUACAUCUCUUUUUCAAGAAUCGGUCUCGGAAGGUGUUCCAUUAGGACAUUCCGUACUGAGAGUACAAGCUUACGAUGCUGAUGAUGGACCAAAUUCCGAAAUAAUGUAUUCUCUUGUGCCUACUGAACAACCCAUACCUUUCGCUAUCGACCGAAUAACUGGAUGGAUUUUAACGACUAAUGAGCUUGAUAGAGAAAAGAAUUCAUUUUUUGACUUCGAAGUAAUGGCCAAAGAUAGGGGCUCCCCGUCCAGAUCUUCAACAGCCUCAGUUAUAAUUCGCAUUCAGGAUGUCAAUGAUAAUGACCCUGUGUUCAAUCCAAAAGUUUACGAAGCAACAGUAUCAGAGAUUGACCCUCCUGGUACUCCCAUUAUUGGAGUUACAGCCACAGAUCGCGAUGAAGAAACUCGUCUUAUAUAUCAUAUUAGUAACGGCAAUCACCGUGGACGUUUUAAUAUCAUACAUCAGAAUAGUGAAGGCUUAAUUUCAGUUGCCCAACCAUUGGAUUACAGACUAGAAAAAGUAUUUACAUUGACUGUAAAAGUUACAGAUACUGGUGGAAGAUCAGAUACAGCUACAGUUCAUAUAAAUGUAACAGAUGCAAAUACUCACCGUCCAGUAUUCGAUAAAGUGCCAUAUACAGCAAGUAUUCUUGAAGAUGCCCCUAUUGGGACAACUGUUCUUGUAGUUGAAGCUUUUGAUGGAGAUGUUGGAGAAAAUGCCCGUAUUUCCUAUUUUUUGGAAGACAAUCCAGAAUUUACAAUUGAUGCUACAACAGGUGCCAUAAUAACAUCUCAAAAGUUGGACAGAGAGCUGACACCAGGAUUUAUUUUAAUUGUUACAGCACAAGAUCAUGGAUCUCCAAGUUUAUCGGAUACAAUCAACGUAGAAAUAGAAGUUUUAGAUGUAAAUGAUAACACCCCAAUCUUUGGUGAUAGUUCCUACAUUGCUUCGGUAAGGGAGGAUACUCUGGUUGGUUCAAGUGUUCUUCAAGUGUCUGCUUCAGACAAAGAUAUUGGACUUAAUGGUCAGGUGAGAUAUACAUUUAGCGGUGGAGAAGAUGGUGAUGGAGCAUUUAUAGUUGAACCAACAUCUGGUAUAAUCCGAACAAAUCAUCUUUUGGAUCGUGAAUCUGUGCCUAAGUAUCAUUUAAUUGUUUAUGCUGUAGAUAGAGGUGUAAUCCCACUUUCUUCUGCAGCUAGUAUCACUGUCAAUGUUGAAGAUGUAAACGAUAAUCCUCCACGAUUUGACACUGAUAUCAUCAAAAUGUUUGUGUCUGAAAAUAGUCCAAUUGGAUCAUUAGUUGGGGAAAUUAUGGCAGUAGAUCCAGAUGAAGGACCCAAUGCUGAAAUUCUUUACAGUAUUGUUGGUGGGCCUGAUGCAGGUAAAUUUAGCCUUAUAUCUAGAAAUGGCAGAUAUGCAGAAUUAUUAACGAAAACUCACUUGGAUUAUGAAACUAGUAAAAAGAAGUAUGUUGUAAUAGUCAGAGCAUCGUCUCCUCCUCUAAGGAAUGAUGUUGAAGUAAACAUUUGGGUGACUGAUGUUAAUGAUAAUGCACCACGUCUGCGAGAUUUUUUAAUUAUUUUCAAUCAUCAUAAGAACCACUUUCCCAAAAGUCCCGUGGGAAAAGUUCCAGCUUAUGAUGCUGAUGUUACAGAUAGACUACGUUACAGGUUUAUCUCCGGAAAUAAUGCUAACAUGUUGAUACUAAAUGAGCAUACGGGAGAACUUUCACUGAGCUCUCAUCUGGAUACCAAUGUUCCUUUACAUGCUAUGAUGGAAAUCAGCGUGUUCGAUGGCAUCAAUGAAGUUACUGCGAAAUGCGAAUUAGUAGUUCAGCAUGUUACAGAAGCCGUAUUAUUUAACAGCGUAACGCUGCGUCUGCAAGGAAUGACAGCAGAAACUUUCUUAUCUCCCAUUUUGGAAGAUUUCGUGGAAGGAUUGUCAGCAAUAAUUCCAUGUUCUAAAGAAAAUAUAUUUAUCUUUAGCAUUCAGGACUCUGAAGACCAGAUCUUGAACGUUAGUUUUUCUGCACAUACAUCAGAUGCAAAAGAUCAUGACAUCUUUUUCUCUUCUCAGUAUUUGCAGGAGAGAGUUUACCUUGGACGAGCUAUUCUUGGCAAAUUAGCUCAUGUACAUGUGCUGCCAUUUGAAGAUAAUUUAUGUGUUCAAGAGCCUUGUAUUAAUUUUGAACAGUGUCUGUCAGUUCUUAAGUUUAGUAAUGCUUCUGAUUUCAUUUCUUCUGAUAUGUACUUUUUUAGGUCCAUCGUUCCCAUCAACACAUUUGCUUGCAUCUGCCCUAUUGGUUUCACAGGAAUGAAGCACAAGUAUGAAUGUGACACUGAAGUGAAUCUUUGCUACUCCAAUCCUUGUCUGGAAGGAGGCACUUGCAUCAGACGAGAAGGCGGAUUUUCUUGCUUAUGCAAGGAAGGUUAUACUGGUAAAAAUAUACUCUCUCAGUUAUGGAAUCGAAGGGUGACUGGAACAUUCGUUUUUGAUGGUAAUUUAACAGGCGAGAAAUAUACACACGCUAAAUUAAAAAUAUUAAAUGGACCAUUGUUUGACUUCUUAGAUGAUAAUGUCUCACUACAGGAUAUGUCAGUUGUAUGA